AUGGGGCCAGAGUUCUUUAGUUCUAACAAACUCCCAGGUAAUGCUUAUGCUAUUGGACCAAGAAGUACGUACUAUCUAGGAGCAACGGAAGAUGCAGCCAGAAAGAGCCUAAGUGAGGUCACUCACCCAAUGAGUGUGCAUAUGCCUGCAAUGAAGAUUUGUGAGAAGCUCAAGAAGAUGGACAGUCAGAUCUGUGAGCUGAGAUAUGAAAAGAAACUGGACUUGAAAUUAUUGGACCUGUUGAAGAUGAGGGUGGCUGAGCUGAAACAGACGUACAGCUGGGAAGAGGAGUGCAGGGCCUGUCUGGAGAAAACUGACUAUGUGAAUCUGACCAAAGAACUGGCACCCAAGUAUGCAGUGACACACUCCACGACAGAACUCUGACCCCCGGAGGCCAGUGCCUGGUUCCUUGUAAUUAGAGACGAGAUGCUUCUAGGGUAUGGACGUGUUGGUUAAGCAUGACAGGGAGUUACACUGUGCAUGGUCUCAUACUUUUUGCUUUGAUAUUAUACCUCAGAAUUGGUUACUUGGGUUUGUAAGUAAAACUGCUAAUAUUAAUGGUGUCUUAACAUUUGCAGUGUACCAAAACCUGACAGUGCCUUUCUCAUAAUUUUCUUGUAAGGCUAUAUAGAUCAUCAUUGCCUACCUCCUAAAAUUGGGAAAAGUGAACUACUGAAAAAUUGAUGUAGUAAAUUGAUUUUAAGAAGGGAAGAGAAUACUUAGAGGCCCCUCUAUGUGCAUUUAAUUUUUAAUUAAAUAGAUUGGUUUAGGGCAAAAGAAACAAUGCUUAGCUUAUCUAAAUCCCAACUUCAAGCUGAAAUAACCUGGUAUAAUCAAAAGUUCUUUAAAAAGUAAACUUUGUAUUUUCACUGCAAA